UCCGGCCAAUGAUUGCUAACCGAUUUCUCGUUAGCUCGAAUGGAAAUGUCCGUCUCUGUCUGAUUUUUUUAUUUGUUGUCUGGGUGAAUGAGGGCUGCUCAUCAGGAAGUAUCCAGCGGGUGAAAGUUUAAAAAUGACUACUAAACAUUUCGGCCCUGGUCACGUCUUGCUAUGCUGUGCACCACAAAGAACAGGCCAAGGCGGACGCGAAUUGCGUUGGAUCUGCAGUGAGAAUGUAUUUAAGGGACACUCAGUGCCUGAAUAGGGUUAACUACUCAAGAUGGACGGAGACAGCUCGACCACCGACGCCUCCCAGCUGGGCAUCACUGGAGAGUACAUGGCUUCCAGUCACUAUGUUCUCCAGCCUCAGGAAGAUGAUGGAGAUGAGAAUCUGAAUGACCAUGAAGACGGCAGUAGUAAGGAGAACUACAGGGAACAGGACAUAUAUCUUCCCAUUGCUAAUGUGGCUCGCAUCAUGAAGAAUGCUGUUCCUCAGACUGGAAAGAUUGCAAAAGAUGCCAAAGAGUGUGUGCAGGAGUGCGUGAGCGAGUUUAUCAGCUUUAUCACAUCUGAGGCGAGUGAGCGUUGUCACCAGGAAAAGAGGAAGACCAUCAAUGGGGAGGACAUCCUGUUUGCCAUGUCCACGCUGGGCUUUGACAUGUAUGUGGAUCCACUGAAGCUCUACCUGCAGAAGUUCAGAGAGGCAAUGAAGGGGGAGAAAGGAAUGGCAGGUGUGACUGUGGGAGAAGGCCUUAGUGAGGACCUCUCAGAGGACAGCUUCACAAAUCCACUGCCAGCUGGGAUUAUCACAGCAGAUGGUCAGCAGCAGAACGUUAUGGUGUACACCACAUCAUAUCAACAGAUUCCCACUGUACAGCAGAUCCAGUUUUCAUGACGAGGCUCCAUCACUCCCAGCCUGAACGCCGCGGCUCCGUGCACACUCUCCGAUCACCGAUGACAUCUGGCCCGGCCGACGGGUGAAGGUUAUCAGAGAAAGAGCAGGGGGUGUUGCAGAAUCCCUCAUGUACAGAGAAGCCACUGCCUGUUUAGUAGAAAGUGUAGUUUCUAGUUGCAGUGUUCCAGAUGUUUUCCAGAGCAGCUGGGAAAUUCAAGGCUUUAUUUUAAAGGCUAGUCUUCGUACAUGAUUUAGUGAUGAAUUCCUGUUUGUGCUUUCGUGUUAAUGUGUUUGCUUUUAUGCCUUUUUUUCCUUCCUCUUCUCUGGGGUAGGGCUGGGAUGGACGGGGUUAUAAAGGGAAAUGCUGCAUUGGAUGCUUUUUUUUUUCAUGUCUUCUCUGUUUGAAUCAAGAGGAGCCGUGUCGUUACUGUCUUACUAGAUUAUGCAGCUCUUUUGUAAGUUGACAGUUUACCAUGUGCUUUAAUGUCAUAAAAAUCCUUUGAAUAAAAUUUGAAAAGCGA